CGCUCGUCCACACGACCUCAACUAACCACCCAAACGUUUCAAUCUUUCACAACUUCCACCACAUUUUCAUCAUGGUUGCUACGAGCAAAGUCAUCUACAAGCCCGACUCUCAGUCCACUGAGGAGUAUGUGGUCAUCGUCAACACGGAAGAGUUCAACAAAUGGAAGGGUGGAGAGACCACGAUACCCCUAGCCGAUGUGGUCGAUUCCUUCCAGGUGUUCUUCUCUUCACAAGGUGCACAGGGUAUGCUCGACAAACCCUCUUACCAACAACUCGACACCGUUUUCGGCACUCAUAAAGACACCGACGUCGUGACAAAAGUCCUCAAGGAGGGUCGCGCCCAGGGCAAUGAGGGGAUCUCGAGCGGAUUCACAGGGGGCAACGCGUCCCGGACUAACAACGACACACGGGGGAGCGGUGCACGCAUUUGAAGCACUGAAAGUGGUGUAACUGUAUUCUUGAAGCAAACAUCAACGUGGCAGUAACCAAUGUACUAUCAUCUGCAAUUCUAAUGUUGUGAAACAUAUGAAA